AUGUUGGAUGAAGAAGAGAAGGUUCGGUCAAUGCUCAAUAACCUCCACUUUAGUUUCCAUUUUGGUCAAUUUUAUUAUCAAGAUAGGAUAACAGUUACCAGUAAAGGUCUAGACAUUGAGUUGGUGAAAAUUCUAACUGUUUUCAACUCGAUUGACAUUUCUGCCAACAAGCUUGAAGGGCCUAUACCAGAAACUAUUGGAGAACUCAAAUCACUAUAUGUUCCCAACUUGUCACAUAAUGCUCUUAUGGGCAAAAUCCCACUAUCUUUGGGAAAUUUGUCUCAGCUGGAAUCAUUAGACUUGUCAAGCAACAAAAUCACAGGGGAGAUCCCUAUGCAACUUGUAGAUCUUACUUUCCUGGCAGCCCUAAACCUUUCAUUCAAUCUAUUGGUGGGGCCAAUUCCGCAAGGCAAGCAAUUUGGUGCGUUUUCAAAUUAUUCCUAUAUACAUAACAAGGAGUUAUGUGGGUUCCCUUUGACGACACACUACACAAGUGAUGAAGCUCCACCACCUUCAGCAACACCAAAAUAUAAAGGCACAAGUUCAACUACUUUGAUUGGCAGUUCAUACUGA